CUCGGUUGCUUUGCUGACUGCUGAGUACAGUUUGACGGAGUGCGAGAUUACUGCGUCGAGGAUUGCUUGGAAGAUCAUGGACGAGUGCGAGCAACUGAGUCUGGCGGCGCGGGGCGGCAACGCCGACAAACUCCGAGCUCUGAUAGAUUCCGGAGCUGAUGUUUCUGCUUUCGACGCUGAGGGCCUUACCCCUCUUAUGCACGCAGCCAAGCAUGGCCAUGCCGACGUUGUUAAAGUCCUUCUGGAAGCUGGUGCGCCAUGGAAUGCGCUCUCUCCUUCCAAUCUUUCUGCUGGGGAUUUUUCUCUCGAGGCUGGUCAUCAGGAGGUCUUCCAAAUCCUUCUUAAUGCGGGGAUUCAAGCCGAAUUGGUUCUUGGGACCAUUGCUAGGAAAGAAAGCCAGAAUGAUGUAUGCAAUGGGGAGUACUUGGAAGAUAGAGUUACUUUUAGUGAAGAUAAGGUGAUGGAUGCUGAAAGCAAAGCUGUCAUGAUGGCUUGGGAAAAACCAUUGAUGGAAGCUCAUGCUAAGGCUAUUUGCAUGGGUGGUGGUCACAUACUGAACGUUGGAUUUGGAAUGGGCCUAGUGGACACAGCCAUUCAACAAUACUCCCCCACUUCACAUACAAUUGUUGAGGCUCACCCAGAGGUUUAUAAACGCAUGAUUGAAACUGGUUUGGCUGAUAAGAACAAUGUGAAAAUUAUAUUUGGUCGUUGGCAAGACGUCCUGACUCAACUCGAAUCUUAUGAUGGUAUUUUCUUCGAUACGUAUGGAGAAUACUAUGAAGACUUGAGAGAGUUCCACCAACAUCUUCCUAAAUUGUUAAAGCCUGGGGGAAUCUACUCAUUUUUUAAUGGUCUUUGUGGAGGUAAUGCAUUUUUCCAUGUUGUUUAUUGUAAUAUAGUUUCUCUUGAACUAGAAAAUCUGGGCUACUCCACCCAAUUCAUUCCCUUACCCGUCAAGGAUUGUUUGGAGGAAGAAGUCUGGAAAGGAGUUCAGCACAAAUAUUGGCAACUUGAUACAUAUUACCUUCCUGUUUCUCAGUCUGCUCAAGACUCCGAAUCAUGAAACCCUUCUUGUUACCAUUUACAUCCAUUUCUUGUACCCUAGAGAAUUUGAAGGAAUCAUAUUCUAUUUAUCUAUAACCCUUGCUCCUUUAGGCUGAACAUGAUUUUUCUAUUAAUUUUCUCCAAAAGUUAGUCAGAUGAGGACAAUGUGUGAAUCUUACGCACUUGAAAUUAGUCUCUGCUUGUGUCUGUAAUGACUGAAGGAAAAUAUUGACCACGGAAAUUGAAGUUAAGAUAUAUUGUUUUUUUGCU